AUGAAGCGCAAACCAUCUGAGCAGGAGGGAACGCCUUCAAAACGCGCUCCCAGACAGGAUCCCGUAUCCUGCGAACUAUGCAGACGAAAAAAACUCAAGUGCAACCGCCAGAAACCAUGCAGCAGCUGCGUGACGCGACGGUUGCCCUGCAGCUACGGGGCAUCGGUAUCCUCGUCCGAUACAGGUCACGGUCAACCAGUUGGUAGUACAGUGCUUGCAAAGACGGUCCAAGAUGAGAAUUGGGUGCCAGCUGCGAACAAUGUCGUUACUUGUCCCGAUGGUCAGAUAUCGCGCGAUAGGAACGAGUCAGUUAUGACGGCGGACUGGCUCGAAAAGAUUGUCUUGGGGGAUCGAGUUCCGACGGGCAUGCGAGCGACUCGAGGAUUGAAUGAAUUCUCGAAGGCCGAUGUUAUAAGUCAUGGGCAGGGGGUCGCGGGAAAUCCUCUGCCAAUAUCCUGGACGGCUUCUUCUGAGAAUCCCGCGACGGUUCAGUUGCUUUCAUUUCUACCGAAGAAAACGGAAACGAUGACUCUGUUCCAGUAUUAUAACAACUAUAUCGACUAUUUGUAUCAUAUCGUCCUACCCGACCGGGUGGAGGUACAAAUCACCGUCAUCUACCAAGCUAUCGAAGACCAGGAACCGCUGAAUUUAAAUCACCUGGCUCUUCUGUUCAGCAUAAUCGCAAGCUCCCUUUUCUUACAAUUGUCUAUUGAGUCGUCUGUCCAUGCAGAGGCGUGUAGUCGAGAAUAUAUCUUCUUGACAGGUGCUGCUUUGAUUCAGAGUAACUACUCUGCAUAUCCAACAAUCGAGGGACUACAGGCGACGUUAAUAGUGGCGCAUAACCUAUCCAACACGAACUGCCAUCCAUCCAUUCGUGCGCUUUUUGUACAUGGCGCGAUUGUUAGUCAAGCGAAGAGUCUCAUGCUACACUGUAUCGACUCGCCUCAGUUCGGAAAAAAGCCCAACGGCGCUGAUAUGAUGGAAAUCGAGCUCAAAAGACGUCUUUGGUGGGACUUGGCAUCAUAUGACUGGUUAUUAGGCUUCCUCAGCGGUCCGCAAGAAAACACAUAUCUCAUCCACCCGGACCACAUGAACGUCCAGAAGCUGGCGAAUAUAGAUGACACAAUACCAGACAACAAAGAAGAAUGUUCGUUGCCAACUUCAACGCCAACAAAAAUGUCUUAUUCUCUCGAGCGGCUCAAGCUCGCAGAAGUGUGUCGAGAGAUAGUCGAUGUAACUGCCUAUGAAAACCUGCGAGGAAGAGAAGUAAGCUACGAUAAGGUUCUCGAGCUGGAUCGUAAGCUCCGACAAGCCUAUGAUUUUCCGGCCUUUUUCCGUCUUGACCCCGUUUCCAGACAUCAAUAUGCAUCUCUCUAUCAUCACCGACCAGAAAUCGCUUGGCAGAGAUUUCUUUUACAUCAAGCUUACCAUUCACGUCUAUGUCGACUACAUCGUCAAUAUUUAAUUCGAGGGGCUCGUGAUCCGACAUAUUCCUAUUCGCAUGUGGUCUGUCUUCAAUCAGCACGCAAGGUGCUUGAAAUCAAGAGAAUCAUGGAUGAGGAUGAGCCGACAUUUAUGCCACCUAGCUCAGUGGUCUGGUCAGUUAUGCAUCAUGUAUUCAUGGCUGCUGUUAUCCUCUUGAUGGACGUCUGCUUUAACUGGGAUGAUAUACUAGCAGAGAAGCGGAAGGAAGAGGUACUGAAUGCAUGUCGCAUGUUGAGUAAAGCACAGCAGUCCUCAUCGACUGUUCGCGAGGGAAUCAAUGCAAUGAUGGAGGUUCUGCAGAAGCAUUGGAAGGUAUCCAACAGCAAGCAAUCUGCGGUAGCAUCGUCUCCUGUCAUAAACCCCAUGGAGCUGGGUAAUCCGGCUCGUGAAUCUGACCCGAAUACCGAUUCACUGUCCGCUACUAAUCUCAAGCCAUCCCCGGCAGACCUUCCAAGCAGUGCGAUGGAUGAUACUGGGGAGACGCUUGAAGAUAUAUGGACCGAGAUGCUAGACAGCAGCGGGAAUCUGUCUUUCGACAUACCAGACUGGACGGGGCUAUUAACCGCGUUAACAAAUGCCACUAUACCUUAUUGA